CAUUUCCAUCAGAAGCGAUUGUUCUCAUUCGUAAUUUCUUUUUGUUUUGUUGUAAUUUUAUAUUCGGUUUUGUUUUUUAAUUUUACGAGUUGGUAUUUACGUUUCACUGAGAUCCUAUUUGAAAAUAAAUACGUAUAAACUAUCAAUUAAUUAUCAUUAAAAUGGAUAAAUUGCGUCGAGUGCUUAACGGAAAUGAUUCCACACCGGAGGAGGAGAGUAGCAUCAUCACACAGAUUAAUGAGAUGUCAACGCUUAGCUGGUCGACACGCAUCAAAGGCUUUUGCAUUUGUUUCGUACUUGGCAUCUUACUAUCGUUUCUCGGCUCGCUGGCCCUAUUUUUACACAGAGGCGUUGUUGUGUUUGCGGUCUUUUAUACGCUUGGUAAUAUAAUAUCAAUGGCUAGUACAUGCUUUCUUAUGGGUCCUGUUAAUCAAAUAAAAAAAAUGUUUUCAUCCACACGUUUAAUAGCCACUUGCAUAGUACUUGUAGCCAUUGUCAUGACCUUUAUAGCUGCUGUUGUGCUUCAUAAAGCCGGUCUGACUUUAAUUUUUAUCAUCAUACAAUCAUUAGCUAUGACCUGGUAUUCCCUCUCCUACAUACCAUAUGCUCGUGAUGCCGUAAAGAAAACCGUCUCUGCUUGCCUUGAUGUGUAAGCAGCAAAUUAUUAUAUUGUAUUUUGGUGCAAAGACAGCAAGUAUAAACCUAUCUACAUUAAUAUCAUUUGCUAGUACACAGCAAGCUCUGCAUUAUUUAAUAAUUAAUUUACUAUAAAAGGAAAGUUCAGUUCAAUUGUUAUAAAUUUAUACCCCUAGCCACUCAGCAUUUACACCUCAUAUGUAUAUUAUAUGAUUUCAAUUUUUAUCUCAUAAAACGUUAAAAGCACAUUUGCAAUAUAUACAUUUAUAGCAGUAAUAAAUCUUUGCAAAAUUAUAAUGCGCUGAGAAACAGUAUUUACUUGCUGUAUUGACUUUGCCUGUUAUCACCAUUUACUAUUUUACUGCAUUUUUCAGUGCAGUUUAAAAUUGUCUAUAAAACUCAAAAAUAAAGUUUAAAUUUAAAUUCAUUAAUUAUUAAUAACAUAUAAAUGUAUCAUGUGUGACUAUCAUGUAUGAAUGUACAUAUGUGGCAACGGCUGCAAUCCAAAACUAUGCUAUAAAUGGCUUGAAACUUAUUAUUUGAUACAUAUACAAUUAUAUCAACUGAACAAAAUAUAUACGAUUCAUUAUAUGACAAUUGGCCUAAUUUUAAGCUAAACUAAACAUUAUGAAACCUACACUGAUAUUUACAAAAUGCUUUAUUCAUAUGUAUUUAUGUAUAUUUUUGAUAAAUCUAAUUGUAUUAAUUAUAAUAAAAACUUUAAACUGAAAGCUAAAAAAGUAUAUGUUUUUAAACAAUAUCCCACAUAUCAUUCAGGAAAAUAAAUUAUGUACAUAUAUUCUUUUUUGUUGCCGUAAGUAAAAGUGCGGUCUUUCACGUCUAAGAAAUAUAGCUUUUAUUUAUUUGUUUUCAAGUGAAAAUUAAUGACUUAUCAAACAAAUUUAUAUCAUAUGUUUUAAUUAAAAUUAUCUUUAUUUUGGUUUCUAAACGAGAAAUAAUUAUUUUAGCUAUAACUAUUUUUCGAAAGUACGAACACUUCGUACCAAACUUAAACUAAAUUAAGGACAAACUUUGGUUACAGUACAAACAUGUUUGCAUUUCAUAAUAUAUGAAAUCAAUUAUAGAAUUUAUUCUAACACCUGAAAUUUUUAUUAUUAUACUAUUAACGAAACUUCAAUAACAAAUUGAAAUAUGCGACUGUAUGGCAUAUGGAAUUUCGUUUGUAUCAGUUAGUGAGCUUUACAAAUUAGCAGUUAUAACUAUUUUACAUUUAUUAGCUAAAUUUUAAAAAUUUCGAAAUAUGUAUGCCGCGAGUACACUCCUACAGGAAUGUCACAUUUGUGAGUGUCAGUUUUAUUAAACUUACGGUUUUCGAAUUCCUUGCUGCAUGUAUAGUUUUUUACAUUUGGUUACUCAUUUAUAUUUUUUCUUAACGCUAUGGUGUAUAACAAAUCUAUUUCUUUUAUUAUUAUGUACUUAAUUGCCUUUGUUUUUUUUCUAUG